AUGGGUAACGGCACUUCUCGUGUUGUUGGUUGUUUGGUGCCAUUCAAUGGUAAAAAUGGUGUUGAUUUGGAGUUUUUAGAGCCAUUAGAUGAAGGUUUAGGCCAUUCUUUUUGUUAUGUAAGACCAACGUUGUUUGAAUCUCCUGCUAUUAGUCCGUCGAACUCCGAGAGGUUUACGGUUGAUUCAAGUACACUUGAUUCGGAAACGUUGAGUGGUUCGUUUAGGCAUGAUAGCAUGGAGGAUUCUAAUUCUUCUGGUUUGCAUAAGCAGGCUAAGAAUUUUCCUGAAACUACGUUUAAAACGAUUUCGGGGGCUUCUGUUAGUGCUAAUGUUUCCACAGCAAGGACUGGUGGUAACCAGAGUGCAUUGUUUGCUGGUGAUUUCUUGGAACCUGCUGCGUCGUUUGAGGGAACUGCUUCGUUUGCUGCGAUUCCUUUGCAGCCGGUUCCUCGUGGUUCUGGACCUUUGAAUGGUUUUAUGUCUGGUCCUUUGGAGAGAGGCUUUGCUUCUGGUCCGUUAGAUAGAAGUGGCGGGUUCAUGUCCGGGCCGAUAGAGAAAGGAGUUAUGUCAGGUCCUCUUGAUGACACUGAUAAAUCGAACUUUUCGGCACCUCUUGCGCGUGGUCGCAGGAGGCCACGAUUACAGCAUCUCAUGAGAAGUGUUAGUGGACCGAUGAAGAACACGUUUUCUCGAACUUUCUCUAAGCAUUCCAUGGGUGGAAGUUGGAUGCAAAGGCUAUUCUUUCAACCGGUUACUCAAUUGGCAUGGCAUUCUAGAGAGUCGAAGUGUAAGCCAGAAGUGUCUAGGAACUGUGGUAUUGAUGUUGGUUCAUAUGAAGCUGAGUAUAAACAUACACAUAAUUUGCAGUGGGCUCAAGGAAAGGCUGGUGAAGAUAGGGUUCAUGUAGUUCUUUCGGAAGAACAAGGGUGGUUGUUUAUUGGGAUAUAUGAUGGUUUUAGCGGACCUGAUGCACCUGAUUUUUUGAUGAGCCAUCUUUAUAGAUUUCUAGACAAAGAACUCGAAGGCUUACUUUGGGAUUAUGAAGAUAAUCCUGUUGACGUACUUAAACCUGAAGUCCCCGAAACUGUAAAACCUACCGUUGCUCCAGAAUGCAGUACGAAAGAAAUGUCUGAGACUCAUACUAAAUCUAAUCAUGAAUGUUUUGAAGCUUCUUCUUGUCCUGAAUUAACCAAGGAUCAAUCAUUUAACAGUGAGAUAGUUGAAGAAAAUGCUGAAGUUAAUGUAAAUGUUGAACACCAGUUAUCUAAUUGUGGAAGUAACUCUACUGAUUCUAAUUCUGUUCAACAUGGAAAGUUGACCGGGAAAGGUAGAAAAAGUUUGAGGCUUUAUGAACUACUUCAAAUGGAAUCUUGGGAUGAUCAAUGUAAUGAUUCUUCAGUUCUGGAGGAACCAAAACUAGACGGGCAUAUGAGAUCUUGCUCGUCUAAUGCAAGAGAAGAUGGCUUUAGACAUCAAGACGAAGGUCCGUCUACAUCAGGAGAUAAUGGAGGCACUAGGUUUGAUUCAACCAAUGAGGAGCACCAAGCUGUUUUUUCUGUAUCGAGGCAGAAUUCAAAGAAGUCAUUCAGCGCAAAAAUUAAAAAAAUGUACAAAAAGCCAAGGUCCUUGUGUAAGAAACUUUUUCCUUGGAGUUAUGAUUGGCACAGGGAGGAAAGCAGUGUUGAUGAAAAAAUAAUAGAAGCCUCGGGACCUAUUAGAAAAUGCAGGUCUGGAGUAGAUCAUAAUGCAGUUUUAAGAGCAAUGGCUCGAGCCCUUGAAAGGACAGAAGAUGCAUACAUGGAAAUGGCGGAGCAUAAUCUGGAGAAAAAUCCUGAACUUGCUAUUAUGGGAUCGUGCGUUCUAGUGAUGUUGAUGAAGGAUCAAGAUGUAUAUGUCAUGAAUCUGGGAGAUAGUCGUGUGAUUUUGGCUCAAGAAAGAUCAAACGAUCGUCAUCCUAAUUCUAUUUCUGUCAAGGAUGACCUUAGGCAUAGAAAUCGAUCUAGAGAGGCAUUAGUACGCAUGGAGCUGGAUAGGAUUUCAGAGGAGUCUCCAAUUCACAACCAAAACAAUCAUGUCAUCAAGAUGAACAAAAACCGUGAGAUAUCCUUUUGCAAAUUAAAAAUGAGGGCUCUGCAGCUUUCUACAGAUCACAGCACCAGUAUUGAAGAGGAAGUAUGCAGGAUAAGAGCAGAACACCCUGAUGAUAAUCAAGCCAUAUUAAAUGAUCGAGUGAAAGGACAUUUAAAAGUUACUAGAGCAUUUGGCGCCGGUUUCUUGAAGAGGCCGUCUUUUAACGAAGCUCUACUGGAGGUGUUUCAAGUUAAUUAUGUCGGCUCUGCUCCUUACCUAAGUUGUACCCCUUCUGUUCUUCACCACCGACUUUCCUCAAGUGAUCGAUUCUUGGUACUAUCCUCUGAUGGGCUUUACCAAUAUUUCAGCAAUGAAGAGGUAGUUGCCCAUGUCACUUGGUUCAUGGAAAAUGUCCCGGAAGGCGAUCCUGCACAAUACCUUAUUGCAGAGCUUCUCUUCUGUGCUGCUAAAAAGAAUGGCAUGGACUUUCAUGAAUUGCUUGAUAUUCCUCAUGGAGAUCGGCGUAAAUAUCACGAUGAUGUAUCUGUCAUGGUCGUUUCUUUGGAGGGAAGGAUUUGGAGAUCAUCGGGAUAG